ACCAUUCGUGACCGGCUCUCCUGUCACCCCGGAGACCUUCGUAACAACUCCCUUGGUCGGUUUGCCACCGCUGUCGAAGCUAUGUUAUCGCAUUCCCGAUGUCUUUCCCGGACACUUGGGCGUUCUCUGUCUGCGCUAAGUCAGGGGAAUAAUGUGCUGGCUGGAAGGACUGCUUCAGGCCUCUCUGCUGGCAACAGGGUUGUCUACAGGAACAGUCAGUUAUGUGAAUCUCUGUCAUCCGUUGGCGUCUUCCGCAUCAGAUACUUCAAGACGUCCGCAGCACACAGGGAUGAAGUUGUCAUCGUCAACACCCCUCCGUUCUCUGAGUCGAUCACAGAAGGGGACGUGAGGUGGGAGAAAGCUGUUGGAGAUUCAGUAAAAGAGGAUGAGGUGGUGUGUGAGAUCGAGACUGAUAAGACCUCGUUGCAGGUGCCGUCUCCGGCGGCCGGUGUGAUCACGGAGCUGCUUGUGCCAGAUGGAGGGAGGGUAGAGGCCGGGAAUCCCCUCUUCAAACUCAAAAAAGGAGCUGCAGCAGCAGCCUCUGUCCCAGCAGCCUCUGUCCCAGCAGCGGAGGUCCCAGCCCCGGCCGCCUCUGUCCCAGCCCCGGCCGCCGUCCCUGUCGCCAUGCCCACACAAGCAGCCCACGCCAAACCUGUUUCUGCGGUCAAGCCCACUGCCCCAGUACAAGUACCAGUAGCAGCUCAUGGGACCAGGACAGAGAGCAGGGUGAAGAUGAAUCGCAUGAGGCUGAGGAUCGCCCAGAGGCUGAAGGAGGCUCAGGAGACCUGUGCCAUGCUCACCACCUUCAACGAGAUAGACAUGAGCAACAUCCAGGAGAUGAGGAAGCUCCAUAAAGAUGCUUUCCUGAAGCGACACAACAUCAAGCUGGGCUUCAUGUCAGCCUUCGUCAAGGCUUCAGCACACGCUCUCAUGGACCAGCCUUCUGUCAAUGGAGUGAUUGAUGAUACAACCAAAGAGAUCGUGUACAGGGAUUAUGUUGACAUCAGUGUGGCUGUGGCCACUCCCAAGGGACUGGUUGUACCGGUUAUUCGCAACGUAGAGACCAUGAACUUUGCUGACAUUGAGAAAACCAUCAACGGUCUGGGAGAGAAGGCUCGUAACAAUACACUGGCUGUGGAGGACAUGGAUGGGGCCUUCACCAUCAGUAACGGAGGAGUGUUCGGUUCCAUGUUCGGCACGCCCAUCAUCAACCCACCCCAGUCUGCCAUCCUGGGCAUGCACGGCAUCUUCGACAGGCCUGUGGCCAUCGGCGGCAAGGUGGAGGUCCGUCCCAUGAUGUACGUGGCUCUGACGUACGACCAUCGGCUGGUCGACGGCAGAGAGGCCGUCACCUUCCUGCGGAAGAUCAAGUCAGUGGUGGAGGACCCCCGUGUUCUACUGCUGGACAUGUGAUUCCAACCUCCCAUCGCUGCAACGGGGGCCACGUUCAGGACGCAGUAAUGCUGCCUAACAUUACAGAGGGCUACGCUACAACGCAGAAUCAAUGAGUUAGCCAGCUAACUUUUGAUCGACAACCAGGAAAUAACUAGUGAUAUUCUGGUUCAUUUAAGCUCAACUUAGAUAUGCGUUUUUAUGGUUGUUGGGUCAAUUUAGACCGUGCUUAUUUCAAGGUUAUCUUUCCCCCCAAAAAAUAAAAAGUUAUUUCAGAACAUUUAGGUAAGUUAGCUGGCUCUUGUUGAUCUUGCUUUGUAGUAUGCUCCUCAGAUAGCAGUAUUGUGAAUAGAGCUGACUUGAUUCCUUCUUGUACCCCAGAGAGGUAUGUUGGUUCUACAUAAUGCUCCACAACGUUGUGCCCUGCUGAACGCACCCCCCCGGCUAUUUAAACAUCACUCAGCAUCCGUAUAAAACCAACCCAUCCCCCAAAAACACAAGCAACAGCUAUAUCUUAUGUGCUGCUUUUGGUUAAAGAGAGAGAGCCUGAGUCCCUGAUCCGUUUGUGCUGUUUUGCCUCUUUCGUGACAAUGACAGGAGUUGACAAGAAAGGACAAAUGGAUAUGGGACUCAGGCUAAGGGAGAGAAUUUGAAUGCUGCGAUUAUUCACUUAGUAUUGGGUUUGCAGCUUAACUCAGACUGACAUGUCAUAUUGAUUCAACAGUUGGUCAACAUCAUACAGUGUACCACUGACUCUGAUGAACCUACCAGGUCUGUUCUGUGUCAAUAUUAGACUGAACCUACCAGGUCUGUUCUGUGUCAAUAUGAGACUGAACCUACCAGGUCUGUUCUGUAUCAAUAUUAGACUGACCCUCUGAACCUACCAGGUCUGUUCUGUGUCAAUAUGAGACUGAACCUACCAGGUCUGUUCUGUGUCAAUAUGAGACUGAACCUACCAGGUCUGUUCUGUAUCAAUAUUAGACUGACCCUCUGAUGAACCUACCAGGUCUGUUCUGUGUCAAUAUUAGACUGACCCUCUGAACCUACCAGGUCUGUUCUGUGUCAAUAUUAGACUGACCCUCUGAACCUACCAGGUCUGUUCUGUGUCAAUAUUAGACUGACCCUCUGAACCUACCAGGUCUGUUCUGUGUCAAUAUUAGACUGACCCUCUGAACCUACCAGGUCUGUUCUGUGUCAAUAUUAGACUGACCCUCUGAUGAACCUACCAGGUCUGUUCUGUGUCAAUAUUAGACCUGUAUGUUCAAAGCACUUACAUCACUGUCUAAAGGGAACCUGGAAGUCAGCAUUUCAUUGGACAGUGUGCUAUACCUUGUGUAUCCAGUACAUAUGACUAAUAGAAGUGAACUUGAAACUGAAAAAGAAACACAUUCUUCUUCAAAACAUCAUGAAUUUAGUGUACCUUUUUUUUUUUUUACACCAAGGUUUUCAUUGAGCUGUACAUGUAGUCUAUCCACGCUAGUGAUUUUAAAGCCAAAAUGUGUUUUUAUAAUGCUGCCCUAAAGGAGGGCUCGGUCGGACAAGAUGAAGCCCAUUCUAAAGGUCCUGCUGUACUGUACGACUGUCCCAUGUCAUGGGUCUGUGUUUUGACAGAGCUAUUCCUGGGGAUAGAGAAGCCCCUUGGUAAACUGUCACCCCUGUAUGUUUACUCUCUAGGCUUCCCCUUGUCGCGGUAACGUCUGUUUCUUUUGGGGGUGACUGUCCACUGAGCGGCAUUGGAAAUGAUUGUAAUCUCAUCGAAACUACCACACACGUUGGGUUGCGUCCAUAAUGGCAUCCUAUUCGUUUAUAUAGUGCAUGGCCAGGUCGCAGUCGUAAAUGAGAACUUGUUCUCAACUGGCUUACCUGGUUAAAUAAAGGUGAAAUAAAUAAAAAAUAAAAUAAAAAAUUACAAAGGUAUGGUGCCAUAUAGGAGUAGGGUGCCAUUUCAGAUGCAGACAAUAGUCUUUGAGCUUUUGGUAGAAAAGAUAAACCACUUUCCUUCAUCUCUAGAUGUGCUUCUGUCCGUCCAUGAGAAGGCACCAUGCUAUAGAACACCCAGACGCUAGUUUUGUUCAGGAUUUUAUAUAUAUAUAUAUAUAUAUAUAUACACAACUGUACAACAUUCACAACAACGUUUGGGAGUAGUUUUCAAGAAGCACAAGUUAGCAGCGUGCACGAUGUAUUUCUCAUGAUAAACUCUUCUUCAUUAAACCCACCCAGGAAAGAGAUUCUUUCUGUGCUGUAUACAAUGCUUGUAUGUAACUAUUUAAAGAAAAUGAUUAUAGGUAGUAGCACGUUAUAACCUCGCAUAGUAAAGCAUUUAUAAUGGAUUAGUAAGUAGUUUAUUCAUUUAUGAAUCGUUACUCCAUAAGAUGUUUAAUAUAGGUCGUUAUAAACCAUUUACUAAUGAUUUGUUAAGUCUUUUUGCGUGACCUCACCUAAAGUAGGUUAUUUUUACUUUAUACAUUUACAUUAUUUUGUGAGGGCGGAGACUUCGCAAACCGGAACUCACAAUUUCUAACGUGUAUAUGGACCCAGAACUAAAUCACCCAACUGACAAAAUGACGCAAGCAUUUCGCUCUGCUAAACACGUGUAUGUGACAAAUAACAUUUGAUUUGAUUUUAAGAUUUUAGUUCUGGGUUAAUUGAGAUUUGAGUGCUUUAAGGCAUGACCGCAAACCACACUUUGCUUUUGGUAUAAAGGUCACUGCCAAGAAAGGCUAAUGUUCAAAUCAUCCUCUGUGUUGCAGGCUUAUUUUCUAACCAUUGAUAUGUUCUAGGGGCCAUUCUGAGACCUUAAGGAUCAUCAGGUACUGCUGGAAUGUCUACCAAUGACAUGUCCAUCUUUUGGUGAGAAAUUACACUGGUCACUCAAAACAUUUAUAAAUUAUUUAUAAAGUAUAAAUAGCCCACACUUUAGAUUAGGUCAUGCAAAAAUGUUUUACUAGUGAUUAGUAGAUUAUUUAGAAGGACUUAUAUUAAACAUCUUAUGAAUGAUUAUUAAAUACUUUAAAAGUUGUUUAUAAAUGUGUGAAUAACUAAGUUACUAACAUUUAGAAAUGCGAGUAAUGAUGAAUAAAUUAUUUACUAAUCCAUUAUAAAUGCGUUACUACGUGGAGUUAUUAUAUAGUGCUACCAAUAACAUUAAAACAUCUUAAGAGUUUUAAUUUA